AUGGCACGAAAGACUAGCAGUCGAAAGGCUCGAGGCAAGGUUGCUAACUCAAGCAAUGAAGUAUUGGAUGGAUCCGAAAUCUCAGAGGGUCGGCGUCGUCCUCCUCCUUCUCUAAGGCAUCGCAAGAAAAAGAACGAAACAGUAACCGCUGCUGAUACUACUGCUACAUCUGGAAGCUCGACCACGUCUAUCCCACAGGAAACAACAACUGAUGUGAUGGACUUGGCGAAUGAUGAUAAUCAUGCUCCAAACGGCAUUGCUGAUGCGGUUGCAACGGAUGCCACCUCUUCUGCUACUGCAUCCCAUGGACAAAGCGUCAAUGGCGGCAUGACCACCACCACCACCACCACCAACAACAACAACAACAACAACAACAACAACAGCCAUACUCCCGACUGUCAGUGUUACUUGAGACGCCUGAAUAAUAGCUUGUUUCUGCCUCCUUCCUUGUUGAUGAUGGAUGACUACGAAGCAGCAAACAAAGGAAGCAAGCGAUGA